CCGGCCAGCGGUUGCCAUAGAGUUAAUGGCGGCCACCAUGCCGACGUAAACAAACAAGCGGAAUGCCAACAUAGGUUAUCGUUCGUUUUAAAGAAUAAAUCGAAUAUAAUUCGAUGCAAUCAGUAAUUUAUUCGAUCGUCCGUUUAUUCAGAAUAAUAAUAAUGCAACAUUUUAUAAGAGACGUGACAUCUUAGCAUAAAUUGGUGGGAAAUCGGGCCGCCAAGGUGAUGUUCGGCAAUCUCUUUCAAGAAAAUAACAGAAUGAAGAGUGCCAAAAGAGUGCCUCCACCCAGAUCUGUUUACGGAUUAAGUGGAAUCGAAAAUCAGGGUGCAACUUGUUAUUUGAAUACCUUGUUACAGACUCUUUUAUUAACUCCGGAAUUCAGGGAUGGAAUAUUUGAACUGGAAGAAAGCGAAUUGGGUUCUUUGAACGACAAGCAAAAGAAAGGUUCUAAGAUUCGCAUUAUUCCUCUUCAACUCCAACGUCUGUUUGCCAGACUCUUGUUGAGUAACCAAGAGGCGGCUUCCACUUCGGAAUUGACGGAGAGCUUUGGAUGGAAACAUAACGAGGAAAUGCAGCAACAUGACGUACAAGAACUGAAUCGCAUACUGUUUAGUGCCAUAGAAACUUCUCUAAUAGGUACCUCGGGGAAGAAUUUAAUUUCUCAGUUAUAUCAUGGAUCCACAGUCAGUCAGAUUGUAUGUCAAGUUUGUAGCAAAAUUAGUGAGAAAGAGGAGGAUUUUUUAGAUCUCAAUAUUACCGUUUCGGGAUUUAAUAGUCUGCAGGAAAGCUUAACGUCUACAUUCGUCCACAAAGAAGUGAUGAAAGGGAAAAAUCAGUACAAAUGUAGUAUGUGUUGUAAACUUGUAGAUGCCAAAAAAGGUGUAAAAAUUAGAAAACUUCCGCCUAUCUUAACAUUUUCUCUGUUGAGAUUUUGUUUCGAUCUCUCUAAAGGAGAACGUUACAAGGAAAAAGGGAAGUUUAUUUUUCCAAUGGAGAUCGAUAUGUCUCCUUACUGUGAUGAACAAAAGAAUUCUGAAGAUACUCAUUAUGAUUUAUUUAGCAUAAUCAUUCACAGUGGAAGUGGUCAUGAAGGACAUUACCAUGCAUAUAUUAGGGAUUUUGAUUGUUUGGGAAGAUGGUUUCCUCCAGAUGAAGAAUGCCAUUUUUCGAGCCUCGGAAAGAGCGGAAGUACAAAUCAAUGCAAACAGGAUCCCGUCGAGUUGAUGGUGAACAUUUUGCAGCAACAGUCGAAUUUCUGUCUGCCUUUAGAGACCUUAUGUUUGGAAAUGACUGCAAUUUCAGGUUUAUCAUGGAAUAAGAGAUUUAAGAAGCAUUUUGGACCACUUAACAAGUUCCUCCUUCAGAAUGAUGCAAUAUUUUUUGUAAAUCAAGAUACAAAUGUCGUAUGUUUAAAAGAACAAAUCAGUGAUCAAAAUAUUGCUGUGAACAGCAGCAAUUCUCCUAUUAGUGAUACCAAAGAUAAUGUAGUUUCUUCUAAAUGUAAAGAACCAUCUAGAAGUAGCAGUUUCAAAUCCAGUUUAUGGGAUAAGAAAAGAUCCAAGAAUUACUGUACUGAUUUUGGCAAUAAUUGGUUUGACUUCAAUGACACUACGGUGAAACCGAUUAACCUAAAAGAUAUUGAGAAAAUAUUUGGUGGUUCUGAAAGUGCCUACAUGUUAUUUUAUAGACGAAAAUCCUUGAAGAGACCAGUAGAAGGUGAGUUAUUAACUUUAAUAAUUCUACAUUAUGUACUCAUGUGUGAGAUCAUUCACUCAGUUAUCGAGCAUGUCAAAGUUAACCAAAAUUAUUUGAAUGAAUAUAUAUUUGGAUUUUUCAGGAACGAAUAUGAUGCCAUCGUAAACAGUAUUAACUUGCAAAUUCAUUUUGGCAUUCAUCAUCAGUAUUAUCAAGGUGCUUUACAACCCAUUCCAGAAAUGCUGAGCAUUCUGGAAUUGAGUAUCGAUAAACGCAAGACUCUGGCUGAUUUACGAAAUCAGAUUGGGCAAUUAGGUAUGGCGUUCUGUCCGGAAAGCCACGAUACAAUUCAUCUUCUGAGUGAAGUGCCUGCAGGUCUUCAUCUGUAUGAAGAACUAAGUCCUAGUCAAGAUUCGGAAAGUCUUAUAGAUUUACAAAUUACGGACGGAACUAAAUUAUUUGUUUGGAAUGGCAAAGAGGUUGGAGGCGAAAUUAUUCUCGUGGGCAUUCACCACGAGCCUAUUUUGUUAAAUGUCACCUGCAGGUUGAGUGACACAGAUUGUAUUAAAAUGACACGGGGAUUUCCAAAGAGUAUGACCUUAGGAGAGUUAAAAGUUCUGCUUUGUGAUAUUACACCCUUAAACUUAGAGGAUAUUGUCAUUAGUAAGGUUGAAUUUCAAAUUGUUUUAGAUGACGAUUCGACAGUUACGACCUUUGAUGACUUGAAAGAAGGAAUGUCGUUGAUAGAACUCAACCUUUUAGAUGGUGACAAUAUUCUUGCUACUAGCAGCUGUGAUAAAAGUGAUAACUAUACAAAAUUGAUUACUGUAAUUGUUGAGAACAGAUGCAUGAUUAACAGUGGUUGUGCACUUCCCAAUCCAAUUCAAAAUGAAGUCGAAGUAGAUCCAAAACAAAAUAUUUCAGAUCUUUUAAACCUGCUCAUACAACGAUUUUCAUUCGACAACAGUAUUGAUUAUAGACUGAGAAAAGUCGCCGAUGGUCGUCGUCAGAAACCGUCAAUUUAUUUAGAUUUAACUCUUAGAGAAGCGGGGAUAACGGACAGUUGUAAAUUAAUUUUAGAAAAAGGAGUUUCACCAAAGUCUAAUCAAGUAACUUUACUGUUUAGCAUAAAUGAGAUGAUUGAUGAUGCUCCUGCAUAUGAAGUGACGGUCAGUCGUAAAUUAAGCAUUUCAGAAUGUCUAAAAUUAAUGCUGAAGCAGUCCGGUUUAGAUGGAGAAAGUUGGCAUCUUUGCAAGACGAAUUGGCGUGGAGAACCCACCAGUCCAUUAGUUAAUGAAAAUAUGAGCUUAGAAGAGGAAGGAGUGGAUCACGGUGAUUAUUUGAUUAUUUUAGAAGGUCGUCUUCCUCCUCCAGGAUAUCUCACUCUUUACAUGUGGUUAUAUGAAACAUUCACUUGCAAUCAAAAUCAAAAUUCAAAUGACACAAGAAUUAUGAACGGUGAAUGUUCUGGAAUCUCCCACUAUUACAAUUACGUGCCCAUUCAGUUGGGAGAAGUGGAAAUCUCCGCCGAGUCGACGCUGACCGAUCUCAAACGCCAACUCUUAACUCUUCCAAAUCUCAGUACCUGCAGUCUUCCAGGCACACUCUAUUUGAGACUCAGAUUAUUAGAAGGAAACAAACCCGGUCGCAUUCUGAGAGGUCACGCUGCUUCGCUGAGAAAAUUGAAAUUAUAUAACAAUCAAUCAAUUGCAGUUCAGAUAUUGACUGAAGAGGAAGAUCUUUUGCAGAGCGAAAUUCUUUUAAAUGUUCACUGGAGAAUAUCUGACCUGCGUACUUAUGGGCCGCCAGUGGAAGUCAUCUGGGAGACCGGAAAGUCGGCAAAUAUUAAAAGUCUGUGCCAAGUCGUGUCGGAAUAUCUUGGAGUUCCAGCAGACAGGUUUCUCCUGGCCAAAUACUUUCCGGAAACUUAUGAAUGGAAAGUGAUCAACGAAAUUACGAAAAACAAAGUAAAGAAGAAAUGGACUUUGCCUAAAAUAAAUUUAAGACAAAAGCCAUUUUAUUUAAAAGACGGAGACAUAAUUGGUGUUAAGGAUUCCAACACAGACUGUGAUAAUCUAUAUGAUUUCAACACUCCAGAAGAUGAUCUGAAAAUAGAAAUUUUGAGAAUUUCACUAAAAGAGAGUCAAAAACUGGAAGAGACUUGGAGCACAGGAAGUGGUGACACAGACGCCACCAACAGCAGUCAGCCGGAAGUAGGCUUGACAAUCCAUGUGGAGGAUUUCAACUGAUUUUUUUAAUCACUUUGGGCAGUCAAAGAAACGCGCAUUGUCUUUCAUUCCAAUUUGGAUUUACCAUCAUAAAAGUAAAUUGAAAAAUUUUCUGAAAGUCGUAAUCCAGAAUUUGUUUUAUUUAUGGAGUCGAUUACUUUUAUGCUUAGAUAAAAUAAUUGAUUUUUUUAUAUGUAAGUAUUUUUCUGUAAUUGUAAAAUACAUAAUAAAUUAAUUUUUACUCUAAUGAUGCUCUCUGCACUAGGAAUUAGCCAAACACUUUACCCACAAUUAACAAUCCACAGAGCACAAUAUACAUGAAAGCUAAAAAUACAACACUAGCAACCCUCCAUCAUCAUAUAGAAUCACAACAACAAAAUAGCUAUUUUAGAAACUAUAUAGGAUACAAAGAACAGUUGCUUGUCCUGUACUUGUCGUAGAAUGGUGGCAUAUAUAUAAAGAUU